AUGGGGGGCCUGAGCUGCGGGCUCACACUGCCGCUGCUGGGGGCCCUGCUGCUGGGAGCGGCGCGCCAGCCGGGCGGAGCCGAGGCUUACAUUCUCGGACUGCCCCCUACGCUCAACAUCACGAUCGAAAUAAAGCCGGGGCUCCUGCCUCUGCCAGCGAAUCCCUGUUACCUGCUCACAACUGGAAAACGCACGAGCAAGCUGCUCAUCAAACCGGGAGACAGAAUGGAACUUCUUUUUUCCUGUCAUAAUCCAGAGGCUCACUUUGUCAUUGAAGUCAAAAGGUACAUUGACUGCACAGCAAACCCGUGUCCUUUGGGGGAGUUCCAGCUGCGGCCCCUGAUAGCCAUGUUGCCCCCCCUCAACCGAACGUUCACCUGGGACGCCCACGCUGGCAAGAGCGCCAGCCUGGAGCUGGGCUUCAGGCUUCGCCUCAGGCAGAUCGGACACGGGGACAGCUGCCCCGACAGAGUCACCUACACCGUCAGCGGCAACAUCGGCGCCACCGAGGUCCGGAUCGGGACCUUCUGCAGCAACGGCACCGUGUCCCGGAUCAAGAUGCAGGAGAGCGUCAAAGUGACCCUACAGCUGCCGUGGUUCGACAACAGGCCCUCCUCUGGCUUCAGCAUGGCCAGCCGGUCAUCCAUAAAACGACUGUGCUUCAUCGAAUCUGUGUUCGAGGGCGAAGGCUCGGCAACCCUGAUGUCCGCCAACUACCCGGGUAACUUCCCUGAGGACGAGCUCAUGACGUGGCAGUUUGUCAUCCCCCCACACCUGCGGGCCAGCGUCUCCUUCCUCCAGUUCAACAACUCCAACUGCGAGAAGAAGGAGGAGCGGGUGGAGUACUACAUCCCGGGCUCCACCACCAACCCCGAGGUGUUCAAGCUGGCGGACAAGCAGCCCGGGAACAUGGCCGGGAACUUCAACCUCUCUCUGCAAGGCUGCGACCAAGACGCCCAAAACCCGGGGACUUUCCGGCUGAAGUUUCAAGUUUUGGUCCAAAGCCCACAAAAUGAAAGCAAUGUGACCUACGAGGUGGACUUGAGUAACGAGCGAGCCAUGUUCGUCACCAUCGAGCCGAGGCCCGUGAGGCUGGGCCGCCGGUUUGUGCCCGGCUGCUUCGUGUGCCUGGAGUCCCGGACCUGCAGCACCAACCUCACCCUGGCGCCCGGCGCCCGGCACCGCAUCUCCUUCCUCUGUGACGACCUGGCGCGCCUCUGGGUGAACGUGGAGAAAACCAUAAGCUGCACGGACCACCACUACUGCCACAGGAGGUCCUACUCCCUGCAGGUGCCCAGCACCAUCCUCCAGCUGCCCGUGCAGCUGCACGACUUCUCCUGGAAGCUGCUGGUGCCCAAGGACAGGCUCGGCCUGGCGCUGGUGCCGGCCCAGAAGCUGCAGCAGCACACGCAGGAGCGGUUCUGCAACGCCAGCUUCAGCUACCUGGUGGCCAGCGCCGGCGCCGGCCCCGGCCAGGAUCUCUACUUCGGCUCCUUCUGCGCCGGAGGCGCCAUCGAGCAGAUCCAGGUGAAGCAGAACGUCGUGGUGACCCUGCGCACCUUCGCCCCCAGCUUUCAGCGGGAGCUCUCCGGGCAGACCCUGACCGUGACCCUCAUACCCCACUUCAAAGAGGAAGGUAUUUUCACGGUGACACCGGAUAUGAAAAGCAAGGUCUACCUGAUGACCCCUCACCGGGAGCGGGGCCUGCCGCCCCUGGCCUCGGUGUCCUGGAACAUCAGCGUGCCCAGCGACCAGGUGGCCUACCUGACCUUCCUGCGGGAGCGGACCGACCUGGUGUGCCAGACGGGGCGCGCGUUCAUGAUCACCCAGGAUCAGCGGACCAAGGCCGAGCAGGUGGUCAGCCUGGAGGACGUGCUCCCCAAGUCCAGCCCCCACCAUCACAACUUCUGGGUCAACAUCUCCAACUGCAGCCCUGUGAGUGGCAAGCAGCUGGACCUGCUCUUCCAGGUGUCGCUUACCUGGAGAACGCUAAACAUGACUGCCAUCCUCAUCGCCGUGGUGGGAGGGGGCGCCUUGCUGCUGUUGGCCCUCGGACUCAUCAUCUGCCUUGUGAAAAAGAAUAGAAAAAAGAAGAUGAACAAGGGCCCGGCUGUGGGUAUCUACAACGGCAACAUCAACACCCAGAUACCCAUGCAGCCCAAGAAGUUCCCGAACGCACAGAAGGACAACGACGCCCACGUGUACGCCGUCAUCGACGACACCAUGGUGUACGGGCAUCUGCUGCAGGACUCCAACGGGUCCUUCGUCCAGCCCGAGGUGGACACCUACCGGCCCUUCCAGGGCCCCACAGACGACUGCCCUCCCUCCUUCCUCAUCCCCUAUUCCAAGGUCCCGACUGUAAAGCUGACCACAGAGGAGUCGUCCCCUGGCUUCCCUCCCGAGACUGACAGUGAACCCUACACCUUCUCCCAUCCCAGCAAGCGGAACGGAAACGACGCGAACACAGACGUCCCCUUGCUGGAUGCCCACGAGCCAGCGGAGACUGGGGAAUAG